GGAGCCGUCAAGAACUUCUUUUGUCCACCAAGGGCACAACUGUGUCAUCAUUUCAAUGGUGGGAGGUUUAAUUCUGUUUAUAGGUCAUUUAGCACCCAGGCUGCGACAACAGCAAGUACACCACAGCCUCCCUCACCUCCUCCACCUCCAGAGAAGACCCACUUCGGUGGUCUUAAAGAUGAAGAUCGUAUUUUUACCAACCUUUAUGGUUUGCAUGACCCAUUCCUUAAAGGUGCGAUGAAGCGGGGGGACUGGUAUAGAACCAAAGACUUGGUGCUCAAGGGCUCUGAUUGGAUUGUCAAUGAAAUGAAGAAGUCUGGUCUUCGAGGCCGUGGAGGGGCUGGUUUUCCAUCUGGCCUCAAGUGGUCCUUCAUGCCAAAGGUAUCUGAUGGCCGUCCUUCAUAUCUUGUUGUUAAUGCUGAUGAGAGUGAACCUGGUACAUGUAAAGAUAGAGAAAUCAUGCGCCAUGACCCCCACAAACUACUUGAAGGGUGCCUGAUUGCAGGAGUUGGCAUGCGGGCUACUGCUGCUUACAUCUACAUAAGAGGUGAGUAUGUAAAUGAACGUUUAACUCUUGAGAAGGCAAGAAAGGAAGCAUAUCAAGCUGGAUUGUUGGGGAAGAAUGCAUGUGGAUCAGGUUAUAAUUUUGAUGUUCAUAUUCACUACGGUGCUGGUGCCUACAUCUGUGGGGAAGAGACCGCUCUAUUGGAAAGCCUUGAAGGGAAACAAGGGAAACCGAGACUCAAGCCUCCUUUCCCAGCUAAUGCAGGCUUAUAUGGCUGUCCAACAACUGUUACCAAUGUGGAAACGGUGGCUGUAUCUCCCACGAUUCUAAGGCGAGGACCAGAAUGGUUCGCGAGCUUUGGCCGGAAAAACAACUCGGGGACAAAGCUGUUCUGUAUCUCAGGCCAUGUAAACAAACCUUGCACUGUGGAAGAGGAGAUGAGCAUACCAUUGAAAGAGCUGAUAGAGAGGCAUUGUGGUGGUGUCAGAGGAGGGUGGAAUAACUUGUUGGCGGUUAUACCAGGUGGAUCCUCUGUACCUCUCCUACCUAAGCACAUAUGUGAUGAUGUCUUGAUGGACUAUGAUGCGCUUAAGGCUGUCCAGUCUGGAUUGGGCACAGCAGCAGUGAUCGUGAUGGACAAAUCUACUGAUGUGGUGGAUGCGAUAGCUAGGCUGUCGUACUUCUACAAGCAUGAGAGCUGUGGUCAGUGCACACCAUGCAGGGAGGGGACAGGGUGGCUCUGGAUGAUCAUGGAGAGGCUUAAGGUGGGGAAUGCGAAGCUGGAGGAGAUCGAUAUGCUUCAGGAGGUCACGAAGCAGAUCGAAGGGCAUACAAUCUGUGCAUUGGGGGAUGCUGCUGCUUGGCCAGUCCAAGGGCUGAUCAGGCAUUUCAGGCCAGAACUAGAAAGAAGGAUUCGGGAUCGAGCAGACAAGGAGCUGCUGGAGGCCGCAGCUGCUUGAGUGACUUGGCCAAAUUACUUUCCAAAACUUUGUCAUCUUCUAGUUUAAAUUUAAUUAUGGGUGAAAAAUAAUGAAGGAUGCUAGUAUAACUCAUUUCUGUUUGAAAACACAGCUCUGUUGUGGCCAAGUUGGUCUUUUGUAUGGCAUCAUCCAUCCUAAUCUCUCUUUCAUGGCUGAAAAGUUUGUACAAUUAUGAUCUGGAAAUCGAAGCCAGGAAAGGCAGAAACGGUGCUUGCUUUUUGCAUCGCGGGAUCUUUAAUUUCUGUGUCCAAAAUUCUGGAUUAGAAACCUGUUUAAAUUUCUACCGUGGUUUAACAUUGUGUGUUAUUAUGGUGAUAAUGAUCAUCGAAUUAUAAUAAAUUCCGUGUGAAUGCUG